AUGGCUCCCGCAGCUCUCGAACAGGAGAACCAUGCGCGUGACGCGGAGUUCAACCGCGUUCUCCAUGGAAAGUCCGCUGAAGCUCAGGGUGGUUUCGCUGCCAUGCGCAACAAGGACGCCGCCGCUCAGAAGGCUGCUGUCGACGAGUACUUUAAGCACUGGGACAACAAGAGCGCUGAGGAAGAGACUGAAGAGAUCCGUGCGGCCCGUCGUGCCGAGUAUGCGACCUUGACCAGACACUACUACAACCUUGCGACGGACUUCUACGAGUACGGAUGGGGUACCUCCUUCCACUUCUGCCGUUUCUCCCCUGGCGAGGGCUUCCACCAGGCCAUCGCUCGCCACGAACACUACCUCGCCCAUCAGAUCGGCAUCAAAUCUGGAAUGAAGGUUCUCGAUGUUGGCUGCGGUGUCGGAGGCCCUGCCCGUGAGAUCGUCAAGUUCACUGACGCCAACGUGGUCGGCCUGAACAACAACGACUACCAGAUCCAGCGUGCUACGCGCUACGCUGAGCGUGAGGGUUUGGCCCACAAGCUGACCUUCGAGAAGGGUGACUUCAUGCAGAUGAAGUUCGAGGACAACACCUUCGACGCUGUCUACGCCAUUGAGGCUACCUGCCACGCUCCCGAACUCGAGGGUGUCUACAAGGAAAUCUUCCGUGUCCUGAAGCCCGGUGGUGUCUUCGGUGUCUACGAGUGGUUGAUGACCGAGGAGUACGACAACAGCAACGCCGAGCACCGCAAGAUCCGUCUCGGUAUCGAGCAGGGUGACGGUAUCUCCAACAUGGUCAAGGUCUCCGAGGGUCUUGACGCCAUGAAGGGAGCCGGUUUCGAGCUCCUCCACAACGAGGAUUUGGCCGACCGCCCCGACACCAUCCCCUGGUACUACCCCUUGGCCGGUUCCUUCAAGCACUUGACCUCUCCCUGGGACUUCUUCACGAUCGCUCGUAUGACCUGGUGGGGCCGUGGCAUUGCCCACCGUUUCGUCGGUGCCAUGGAGAAGGUCGGUCUCUUCCCCAAGGGCUCUCAGAAGACUGCCGACAGUCUGGCCUUGGCCGGUGACUGCCUUGUUGCCGGUGGUGAGAAGAAGCUGUUCACUCCCAUGUACCUCAUGGUUGGCCGCAAGCCCGAGUAA